CAGGAACAACUACUUAGGACUGCGUUUCUCCUGGCAGACGGACUUCUGCAUGCGGGUCUGCGUGCAGGUGACCGAGUCGCCAAUCUCUUUUACGCUGGAGAUCUCUACGGCUCUUUUCUCUUGCACAUUUUGAGCGUCAUUUAUCUGCCAAUACCUGCUAUCCAGAUACCAAUUGGAGGUUUGAUAGCGCCAGAUAUGACAGCCCAUCUUCUGCGAACAUGCCAUGCAACGGCUGUGCUCUCAAUCAUAACAUCGUUGGUCCGGCUGGCCUCUUAUUGCCGCCCUAAACAGGAGAUGUUUCUAUCUGUGACAGCUAUCAUGUUUGGUGGUGAGCCAAUGUUUGAUGAUCAGGUCGCUGCGGUGGCGUACCUCUUCCCCAACGCGACUAUACGCAGCUGUGUACAUGGCUCGAUCGAUGCGCGCGUCGUAGCUGUUUCUGCCGGAAGUUUAGGCCCGGCCGAGCACAUUGUGCUUUCGGCGGCGGCUAUUGUCGAAAUCCUCGUUGACCAAGAUGGACACCUUGUCCCAACUGAACAACCAGAUAUCCUGGGAACACUUGUAACCAAUUUGAUCCGAGACCUGACACCCGUCAUCCGGUAUCCAACGGGAGAUCGCGCGGAGUGGGUUGAUAAGCCAGCUGGAAUCUUCCGUCUUCUUGGAUGUAGCAACUAUGCUGUUCGGCUAGGUCCCGUUUCUCUGGACAUUUCGCACCUAAGUCAGCUCGCUAGAGCUGUUCUGAAGACUGUGGCUAUAGAGGCUUUCCAAGUGGUAAUCACCCGCCAAGAUUCCAAGGAUGCCAUGGAGAUAAUGAUAAACGCAGCCGAGCCCCCUCCUUCAGCCUCUGGAGAUGCCAUCAUUGAGAUGUUGAGUGAGCAGAGGCCUAUGUUGAAGAAGCAUAUUGAGAUGGGAUUGGUUGCUCCCGCCAAGGUUUGUUUCAAAUCCAUCUGCGAUAUGAAAGCAAACCCACGCAGCGGGAAACUACCUGAGAUAAUCGAUUUGAGACUAAGCACUGUGUAA